GAGGUCAGGGAAGAAGACCCUCACACUAAAAGUGGAGAAUAUUUUCAGUUGGUCAAAGUUUUAUGGUUGUAGUUUAUUUUAGACAGAAGUCUGAACCCGACGCUGGAGCCGGUACAGUAGGUGCGCAGUAGAGAGAUAUUUUAGUAGACAGUGUUUUGGUUGAUAAGCCGUCUGUUGUAGGAAGUGAGCAGGGAAGUGUCCGAGUUGCUGCAGCUCUGAUAAGUAAAUUCACUCGGACAGUAACGGACAGCGAAGGAGGAGCUGCACAAAUGUGUUAAAUGUGUUAGUACCCGCUCUUUAUUCCACCAAAUUACCUCUCCAAACCAAAUAUGGCCAAACACAAAACGUCCAAGAAAAUGCUGAUUAUUGAGGAUGAUGACCCUGUAGAAGAGCCAAAAGAGGGUGGAGAUGAACUGAACCCCUUCUCUUUCAAAGAAUUCAUACGGAGCAAAAAUCAACAGUUCAGCACCACUGAUGGUCUUGAGAAAGCAUAUGGCAGUGCCUGUCAAGCAAAGGAUGGAUAUAACUACCCCAGAGGCCUCGACCACAGACAUAAGGGUCAUUAUUUUACAGAUCCUUCAUUGCUCGGUCAGUCCUUUGAUAAUGAACCUGAUGAUGAGUGGACUGAAAGUUAUCAGCCCUCGGCAGUGGAAGAGGCACACGAGUUAGGACUGUGUGGCACAUUGAAAAGUGCUUACCUGGAUCACUCAUUACUGUCCAAUGAAGACAAGGAUGAGACUGCAAAUGAGUGGGCGCUAGAUGAGGGCUUCUCACCAGAGCCUCAUUUCCACAGAAGAAGCACUGGCAGCUAUGAAGGAGAUGAGGAGACAUCAGUCAUUGACAUCUCCUACCACACUAAAAAAAGCAGUGCAGAGAAUGGGAUUAGGGACCAGCAAAAGCUAAGAGAAGAAAAUUCUCAACUUAGGAAACAAAUCAAAGAGCUGAUAAGGAAGUCAGAGGCUGACUCCACAAAGAUCAGACAACUCACAGAUGAGUUACACAACCGAAAGUUGCAAGAGGAGAGAGAAGCUAAAGCUUUAGAGACAAUGGUGCAAUCUGUGGAACAAAACCUUCAGCUAAUGACGAAACGGGCUGUUAAAGCUGAAAACAAUUUAUCUAAAUUGAAGCAAGAGGUCCAGCAACUCCAGAACCAACUAGAUGGAUACAAAUGUGAAAAUGAGCGACUUCGAACAGGAGAAACUGCUGCCUUAACCACGAUGAGGCACAAUGCACAAAUGGCAUCAGAAUACCUGAACAAAGCAGCCAAAGAUGCAGAGAUUUCCAUUAAGCAGUUGCUGACAGGAAGAGAGACUUUAUGUCUUGUAUCACAACUGCUGGGUUCCAUUGACAAAAUCACAGAGAUUCCAAAAUAACAGAUUGUUAUAUAUCAGUGUGUUGUGCCUUUGUUCAUCUCACUUAAUGUUUUCUCUCUUUUUUUGGCUUUUGCACAUAAUCAAAUAUCGUUCACAUAUACUGAAUAAUAGUUAUUACAGUCAGAGUGUUAUUCUCUUUCGCAGUUAUAUUUAAAUCUUUUAACUUUUUGUUUUUGCCAGUUUUCUGUCCAUUUUAAGUCAGAGGUUCUUGUAGGUCUCUGAUCUGUCACCCCAGAGCACCACCAGUCUGUUCAGGUGAAAGCUCAUGUAUGCUUUCCUCCAAUAUGGAUGCAAAAUCUUUUCAGAUAUGAAACGACAUUGUUACAGUUGCCCUCAGAAGAGAACACUAGCUGCUUACUAGACCACAGGAAAGCUGAACCCUGUUAUUCUUUCCAGCUAAUGCCAGUGUGCCUAUUGCACUGUGGGAAACCACCCAAAUACAGAUAUGGAGAGCAUAUGUCACAACUGUGAUUGUGGCCCCAGUCCAAACAUCAUAUUAAUAUAGAUGUUUCAGAUGCACUUCCUCACUACAGAAGUGGUAGUGAAAGGCCUUGUAUUUUACCCUGUACCAGUAUUUUAUGGUAUGCUUUUAAUUAUGUUUUCAAAAUGUGUAAGCUUUUGAGCACAUACAUUUUGCAAUAGUAUAUUAUACUAGUGUAAUAUGCACCAAAUCAUUGAUAAAAGGUUAUUAAUAAACCAUUAAUAAAUUUGCUCUGGCAAGUUAACACCACCUACAUAGAUAUUAGCAGGGCUUGUUUUUUUUUCCUUGGAUACUUUUUACAUUGAUAACUUUAUUAAUGAAAGUAGACCUACUGUCGUUGACAAAAAAACUAUGCACAUUGCACUUCUAAUUGAUCAAGAAGUCGUAAAAACAUCAAAUCAAUUUUGCUGUGUUAUGAUUUUAUUUUAUCUUCCUGUACCCACUUACACUCUUUUAUAUAUUUGUGAUUUGAUGACAAAUACAGUACUAAUUUAAUAACAGAGAUUAGUGGAAUUUAUUCUGUGUUACUAGUCAUAUAUGUAUGUAUUUCGAUUUUUUUUAGAAAUACUAUUUUCAAAUGAAAU